AUGAACAUCUCCCGUCUCACGAUCACCGGGAGCCUGCGGGAGCUCUGGAAACCAGAGAAUCUCUCCUCGAUGGGAGGGUUAAAUGGGAGCCAGGAGCUGGACUGGGAGGAACUGGAAAAGCUGCUGUUCCUCUUCGACAAGGACCCUGUCACCAUCAGCCUCACCAUCAUGUACUUGGCCUCUUUUUUGGUGGGCUUCGUCGGCAACGUCAUGUCGCUCCGGAUGCUUACCGGGAAACGCAGCCGCCGCGUGCCCAGCCUCAGCGCCACCAGGAGCCUGCUGAUCAACUUGGCCAUCUGCGACCUGAUGGUGGUGUGUGUCUGCAUGCCCAUCACGGUGGGGAACUUGAUUUACAAAGCCUGGGUCUACGGGGACCUCUUGUGCAGGGCCGUGCCUUUUAUCCAGGCCGUGUCGGUCUCGGCCAGCGUCCUCAGCCUCACGGUGAUCAGCCUGAACCGGUAUUACAGCGUGCACAACCCUCUCAAUGCCAGGUCCUUCUUCACUCGCCGGAAGAUCCUGAGUACCAUUCUGGUGGUCUGGAUCUUGUCCUCGGGAAUCUGCAUGCCCCUCAUCUUUAUGAACAAGCGGGAUGAGAUCGGAGUGGUACCAGGCCUUCCGCUGGCGUUCCCCAUCUGCAGGGAGAUAUGGCCCCAGCAGAGAGUCAAGCAAGCCUAUAGCUUCCUCCUCUUCUGUGCCCUCUACUGCCUGCCCGUCUCAUUCAACAUGGUCAUCUGCUGCUUGACCAUCCAUCGACUCUGGAGCCCCACCAGGGCGCUGAGGGACAGCGGCGCUCUGAACCAGACCUUGCCGGCGUCCAGGCUGAAGAUCCGCAAGAAGGUGGCCCAGAUGGUGGUGGCCUUGGUCCUGCUCUUUGCCAUCUCCUGGCUGCCCAUUUACACCAUGGACAUCUGGAUCGAGUUCAACAGCCCUAAGUCCUUGCAGGAUGUGGCUCCAUCCCCCUGGGUCCUGCAGCUUCGUCCUUUCGCCCAGUGGCUCAGUCUCACCAACUCCAGCCUCAAUCCGAUCUGCUACUGCUUUGUUGGGAACCUCUACCGGUCAGCCAAGGAAAUGAAAAGCAGGUACCACAAGAAGAUGGUCUCUCUUCUCAGCUUCUCUUUCUCUGAUAAGAGUUUGCCCUUGUCUGUUCCUGAGCUAGUCUCAUACAAGGGGCCCAUGGGGCCCGCAAGCAAAGAACCCAACCGUGUUGUGGCAAUUGGAAAGAAACUCAAGAAGAGCUCCAGUCCAAGAACCCAAGUGUAA